CCCACCCCCCGCGUGGGCCAGGCGUGGCGGCCGUCCCGGAAGAGGCAGCUGAAAGACAGUUGAACCAGAGUCCCGAGAGGGCAGCGGGUCUCGAAGAGUUGGUAGGCGUGAGGCAGAUACCCAGGCACGGAGGAACCCGUCGCUGUUGUCCCCAGUACCGGUCCCAGCGAUGGGGGAGCAGCGGGGGCCGAGGAAACUUUGAAGGCAGCGAGUUCCUGGGUUUGAGGGCUGCAAGCUCCUGGGGACUUGGGAGUCUCGGCCUCAACGUCCGUGGCGGAAGCGCCGCCGAACCCGCUUGGCCCCCUGUGUGGCCAGAGAGGAAGUUCUUUGCAACUUCGUACGAGACGUCGAGAGCCAGUUGGAGAGAGGCUGAGAGGCCAAGUCUGAGCCCCUCUGACCCAGAGAAGCUGAGUAAGAAAGGAUCUAGAGGAGACCGAGGGGUCGAGGUGGGACCCUAGAGGCAGCGAGGCCGUGGAACCAGCCUGGCAGCUCCCAGGCCUCGCUGCCCUCUGAGUGAAGCCAAGGGCCGUGUGUUCCCGCGGCCUCCUCAAAACCGCUCCUGCUGGGGGUCGGGGGCUCCUAGCGGUCCUGGAGGCGGGCCCCUGCGCUAUGCCGCCGAAGCCGCAGGCACUUUGGCCGCAGCUACCCCAAGCUGGGCCGGGAGCCGCCGCUUGAGCCAGCUGGGAGGGAAGCCAGCCAGAGUUGGGCGCCCGCUUCCAGCCGACUGCGCUAGCGCGGUUUCCCGCCUCUCCGCUCAGCUCUCGGCGAUCUCCGGCAGCAAGGCUCUGAGACACUCGAGACCCUGAAGCUCCGGCAGUAUUUUCUGAGCCCAGUUCGCACGGUACCCGGCCUGGAGGCGCGGCUCCCUAGCCGCCCUGGGCAGCCCCUUGGCGCCGGGAGGCAGCGGCGUGGGCCGGCCUGCAGUCUGGAGCGCCCCGAUGGAAAUACACUGUAAGCACGACCCGUUUGCAUCCAUGCAUAGACAUGGAGGAGUGAAUCAGCUUGGGGGGGUUUUUGUGAAUGGACGGCCACUCCCGGAUGUAGUCCGCCAAAGGAUAGUGGAACUUGCUCAUCAAGGUGUCAGGCCCUGCGACAUCUCCAGGCAGCUUCGGGUCAGCCAUGGUUGUGUCAGCAAAAUUCUUGGCAGGUAUUAUGAGACAGGAAGCAUCAAGCCUGGGGUAAUUGGUGGAUCCAAACCAAAGGUCGCCACACCCAAAGUGGUGGAAAAAAUUGCUGAAUAUAAACGCCAAAAUCCCACCAUGUUUGCCUGGGAGAUCAGGGACCGGCUGCUGGCGGAGCGGGUGUGUGACAAUGACACGGUGCCCAGCGUCAGUUCCAUCAACAGGAUCAUCCGGACAAAAGUACAGCAGCCACCCAACCAGCCGGUCCCAGCUUCCAGUCACAGCAUAGUGUCAACCGGCUCCGUGACGCAGGUGUCGUCGGUCAGCACGGACUCCGCUGGCUCGUCGUACUCCAUCAGCGGCAUCCUGGGCAUUACCUCCCCGAGCGCCGACACCAACAAGCGCAAGAGAGACGAAGGUAUUCAGGAGUCUCCAGUGCCGAACGGUCACUCACUUCCAGGCAGAGAUUUCCUCCGGAAGCAGAUGCGAGGAGACCUGUUCACACAGCAGCAGCUGGAGGUGCUGGACCGCGUGUUUGAGAGGCAGCACUACUCGGACCUCUUCACUGCCACAGAGCCCAUCAAGCCCGAGCAGUGGUGCCCCGUGCUGAUGAGACAAUACUUGGUGCAGCCCCAGGCAGUCCUUUUCCAGACCACCGAGUACUCAGCCAUGGCCUCACUGGCUGGGGGGCUGGAUGACAUGAAGGCCAACCUGGCCAGCCCCACCCCCGCCGACAUUGGGAGCAGCGUGCCUGGCCCGCAAUCCUACCCCAUCGUGACAGGCCGCGACUUGGCGAGCACGACCCUCCCCGGGUACCCUCCGCACGUCCCCCCCGCCGGACAGGGCAGCUACUCAGCGCCGACGCUGACAGGGAUGGUGCCUGGGAGUGAGUUUUCCGGGAGUCCCUACAGCCACCCUCAGUAUUCCUCGUACAACGAUUCCUGGAGGUUCCCCAACCCGGGGCUGCUGGGCUCCCCCUACUAUUACAGCGCCGCGGCCCGAGGAGCUGCCCCACCUGCAGCUGCCACUGCCUACGACCGUCACUGACCCUCGGAGCCAAGCGGGCACCAAGCACUUAUGACACAUAUCAUUGAGGGCCAUAGCCUCCCAGCUCCCUCUGAAGACAGCCAGAGGGGCCCAAUAAGAUCACCCCCUCCUCGCUAGCCCCCACUUGCCUGAAACUCCCUCCCUCCCCUUUUCCUGCCAGGGAUUCUGGGGUUCUGUGGUAGCGCUGUUGGACUUGCAGACACUCUCGUUUCCCAGUCCGCGGCUGAGCUUCUCCCAGACAAGCAGACUGUUCUGCAGACAGCUACAGUCCCAGCCCAGCCCGGCGCUUCCCCGGCUGUCUGACCAUCUGUCCACCUGAGCCACCCCGCGCCUGGGCAAGAGCUGGCUUCUGGUGCUUCCACAGCACCCAUGUAAAUACCUUCUUGCUUUCUGGUGGGCCUGAGGGUCCCACUAGGCAGACUUCCCACCGUUAUGCAUCCUGCACUCGUGGUAUGUCACGGGUUAUCUUGCCUGGGUGCCCCUGUCUGGGCUGGGAGUUGUCCUUGACCCCACCUUGGGCCCCAGCCUCCCGGUCAUCUCUACUUCUUUUCUCUGGACUCGGGGUCUCACUGGUUGUGCUGCAAGCUCCCCCUAAGCUUCCCCCCCCAAGAAGAGCACAUUUUAGGGAGCUGCCCUGGCUUCUUGCCCCCAUUUCAGUGGAGCAGCUCCUUCCAGAUCAAAGGACUCAAGAAACAUGGACUGGGACGCGCUCAGCUUCGGCUCUACAGUAAGAGGUCAUCUAAGUGUCAACGGCACUGUGGACUGACGGAACGCGGGAGCUCGUCUGAUCCACACCAUGCCAAGGAGCCCAAGGUUCUCCCUGCUCUCUCAGCCCCUGGAACUGCCAAACUGCCCUGGGGUGUGUUUUCGGCGACAUGCCCAGGCUCCAAUCGCUUUGGACACCCACCAUGGACACUUUCACCCCCCUUCCAGGACCCAGCGAGCAGAUUCUGGGCAAGCCUAUCCCACUGAUAUAGAGUGACUAACAGAAAGGACUUUCCUCUGUGCCAAGGACCACAGACACCCUGCAGCAGCCAGCCAGAACGUCGAAGCGUCCUCUCGGGACAGCCCCUCCCUGUCCUCACGGAGCUUAGACUGCAGCUAGGUGCAGAGGUGUUGGGGUGCCGGGUAGAUGCCUAACUUUGUGUAGUGCAUGCCCACUUGUUGGUACGAGAGGCUGUGGUGGUCAGGGUCAUGGCUGAGGGCCACAGCAGCUCGGAUAACUCACUAGGUGGUCAGAAGAAGCCAGCUGGGGAGACUUGGGAGACAGAGGAAGGCCUCCUGGGGGAGAGGCAGGACAGUGAGGAGCUGGAAUGUGACCUGGAAUGGUUUCGAGAUGGGGUGCCAGGUGUCACCAUCUCUUUGCUGAGGCCUUAGUUCUGUGCACAGUCUCCCUUGCCAAUUCAGAACAACCAGGUGGAGCCCCUGUUGAACUUGGGCUGAAUGACAGCGACAGGGGGCUUGAUCAUCUCACGUGUCCCUGGAGUCUGUAUGUCAUGAAGCUGGCAGAGAGCUGGGGCCAGGAGAGCCCGGACUUGAGGUCAUCAGGCCUGGUGGAUCUUGUCUGGGUUGUACCUCUACUUUGCUACGAGGCCUCAGACAAGAUCCUUCACCUCUCUGAGCCUCUGCUGUCUUAGUCUGGCAGGGUCACCUGUAGGGUCACAUGACAGGUGUCUCUUGCCCUCCCUCCCUCCUAGGAGGUGGGCUGUGGCAGGGUCCCCUGGGGUAGGGCUUCGCCUGCCCUGGAAGGAUAUGGGAAUGGGCCUCUGAGUUCUGCUCAUAGCUGACUGCGAUGGUGGGGGGUGGAAUAGAACGCCCAGAGGUCAGAAUCAGAAGAACCUUGAAGAAGACCCGGUCUGGCUUCCCUCAGGGGAACCUGAGGCCCAGCUUAGGAAAGCCUGGGACCGUGCAGAGGGAGAGCAGACUCCUCUGGUCACCAUCAAGUGGCUUAUCCCCCCAAACUCCCACAGGGUAUGGUGAGACAGAGAAGGAAACAGGCUCGGUAACAUAGAUCCCCAAGCAAUGACUGGCAAAUGGGACUGGGACCCCUGACCCUGACACAUGGUGAUCACUGUCACCCCCAUCUAUCACCUCCUAUUCCUAGGGAGAGAAGCCGACAGUGAGGGCAGUGGGAGGUGGUUCUGGCCCAAUGCCCCAGAUGGGGUGAAAACCACCCAGGAAGCCCAGCACCCAGGCCAGAGAUGGAGCCCAAGAGCUCACAGGAGGUGUAUCCACCCCUGGGAAACUUCCAGACAAAGAAGGGAGGUAGCUGGGGCUGAGCCCGCCUCCAGGAGCCUGGAUGGGCCAGCUCUAGCCUCCACCUGCCAGGCAAGGAAGGAGAAGGUGUGUCGCUUGGCCCCUCCCCUCCUCCUCCCUCCCUUGCACAGAAAGCAGUGAGGUCUGGGGUCUUCAGCACUGGCCACUUGGGCCUCUGCCCCUGCUACCCCUCCCUUGGAAUGAUCCCUCUCUUUGGCGCCUGGCCCCUCCUGGUGGUUUCAGGUGCUGGGAGGAGGUCGGCACCCCCUGAGCCAGCUGCCUGAGGCACACACUGCCCUUCCUCAGUGAAGCCCACCCGGCCCUACCCUGUUCCUCUUCCUGCCCCUGUGCUGAGCUCCCUCCGUACCUUCCCUCUCUUGCUGAGGCUUUGCUGGUCCUCAGAUUGGAUUUUUAUUUAUUAGACAGCUACUCGGUUCCUGGGCUGCCAGGCAGAAGCACAAGAGCACACGGAUGCACGCAGAUGUUCUCAUGCACUCACACCUGCUCUCUCCCGUCCAGAGCUCCCAUGCCGCCUGGUGGAGCCGCCUGGGAGCUCGGUGCAGAGGGUUCCAAAGGACACAGCUGUUGAGUAGAUGCCAGAGAAUUCCAAACGGAAAACACAAGGCCGGGGCUUCACCAGCAUCAUGGCAGGAGGCCUUGGGUGUUCCUCCACGGGCCUUCGGCCUGUGUUUUAGCUUUGACUUUUUGAAAUGGACAUUGUGGAUUUUAUGAAAAACUUUCCUACCAUUAGUCUAGUUCCAACCUAGAAAAAAACUGAUGACAUAUCAAACCCGGCACCCCUUCCCCAAGGCGCCUUCGUUGGAGUUUGCCUUUUCCUAGCUGAUGCUGUACGGUUCUGGGCAAUUCUUGACCAUCCUGUGGGGCAAAGAUGUUCAUUGUACACAUGGGGAAGUCGACACUUGGGGCUCAUGAGGUGAGACAAUGGCAAAGCGAAUUUCAGCUCUCUGGGCCCCACUCUCUCCACAGAGUUGCGCUCCCGCCAUGGGAUCAUAUGGCUUAGAGGAUCCACCCCUCUGCCCCUAGAAGCCCCUCAGACUCACAAUGAGGAAGGAAAGAUCAGAGCCCCAGCGGCUGGCCUGGCAAAGGGCCCUGGGCUUGGUGGCUUUGCCGGUCCAGUCGUGCUCCCAUUCUCACUGAAGCCCGCAGUCUUUGCCCACACCCACAUCAGCAUUCCGUGGUUCCAUCCUGACUCCUUCCCUCCUGUUCUCCAAGGCUCAGAGCUGGUCCCAGGCCAUACCACAGUCCCUAACAGGCCCUCGACAUGGGCCCAGUCUCAUGGGGUCCAGGGCCCUGGUAUCAGGAGCUUCCCUUCGCUUUUUCCGCUUUGGAGCAGACUCCAGGCCUAGCGUGAGAAUGUACAGGAGUUGCUGGAGCCAGGGUCAUCCGGAUGCCACAGGCCUGAGAAACACAGAUUGCAGUCUCGAGAGCCCAGGCUGCUCCCAGAGCCAGGCAGGUGGCAUGACCUUGCUGCUCGGGCGGGGACGGGGCAGCACAGCUCGUCCCACAGUGUGGCAUUUAAGUGUAAAAACUUAAAACGCUCUAUCAACCAAUGAAAAAUAUGUCUGUGGGCCAAAUCUGACCCACUGGCCAAGAGCCCAUGGCCCUCAAUCUUCAUCAAAUGCCCCUUUCUUCUUCACCACAUUGUCCCUCAUUACAGAUUUAGAGGAGACGGGAGCGCAGAGGGGUGAGAGACGUGUCUCAGGUUGUCCAGCAACCCAGCGGCAGCGACAGGGUAACACGGUCCUGGCCACUCUCCCAGGCCUCAUCCUGGACCUUUGCAAACCAUGUGGGCUUUGAUGGUGGGACAGGGUAGAAGGUUGGGGGUGGUGGGGCUAGGGGAGGUAUUGGCUUUUAAAGGGAGAUCAGGGCUUCCUGGGCCUUUCACAUGGACAGCAUGGGGCCCAGAUGUAGCCUCAGGGCACUGAGGGGUAAAUUCCCAUUGUAAGACCUCAGAGAGGCUGCCCUGUCUCUGGCUCCAGACACCCCCCCCCCUCCGCCCCCGUUUGGCUGACAUUUUGCUAGAAUUGAGCUCCAAGCCCCAGGGAGGAAAUCUGAAAAACAAACCAGGCACUCCCCACUGCAGCAUCUGCAACUAAGAUAUGUCUAAGGUUCAGCUUCCUUGGAGGGGAGAGAAAAAUCCAGGCUCUGGCUCGAGUGGGUGAAUCCCACUGGACUCUGGGCUGGACCAGCUCCACAGUGGCUCUGCUGAGGCUGGCUCUGUGGCCUUGGCCUUGUCUCCUGUCUGGGACCUGACUCUGACAGUUUCUAGGCAUGCACGCUAGCUCUCCUGGUAAAUUAAUUCCUCGAGUUCUUCUGGCCUUGGGGAGAUCUGAGGCAAGUGCAUCCCGUGAAAGGUAACA